CAGAUCCUGAGGAAAGUUGACCGCGAUAGAGUCCUUCGUCGCCCAAUCGUCGUCUGUGUCCCGCCUCUUCAGUGACGCGAGGCAGAACCAGCCAAUCCCUGCACGGAUAGCGCCCGGAAGAGGCUAGAAGCUGGAUUCAGCGUGUCCGCGACCUCACCUUUAGGUCCUGUGAGGUCGGUGGAAUCCUGGGGUCCUCCAAAUCUACCAGGCCAUCUCCCCAGUUUCCCAGUUCUUCCUGUGUGCGGGCGAGAGUGGCUGGGCCCUCGGGAACCCACUCAGAGCGAGGCUAAAUUUACGGAGGGACUUUCUGUUAGCAGCAGGAGGGACUUUCUGUUAGCAGCAUGAGGGCCUGCGGUUAGACCUAUAGAGGGACGGCCCAGGCGGCAGGAUGUCCUGGUCUGGCCUUCUCCGUGGCCUCAACACGUCCCUAACUUGUGGCCCAGCUCUGGUUCCCCGGCUCUGGGCCACCUGCUCCAUGGCUACCCUGAACCAGAUGCACCGCCUGGGGCCCCCCAAGCGGCCGCCUCGGAAGCUGGGCCCCACGGAAGGCCGGCCGCAGCUGAAGGGUGUGGUCCUGUGCACGUUCACCCGCAAGCCAAAGAAGCCCAACUCGGCCAAUCGCAAGUGCUGUCGAGUGCGGCUCAGCACUGGCCGCGAGGCGGUCUGCUUCAUCCCCGGGGAGGGCCACACCCUGCAGGAGCACCAGAUUGUCCUUGUGGAGGGCGGCCGCACCCAGGACCUGCCAGGCGUCAAGCUCACCGUUGUGCGUGGCAAGUACGACUGUGGCCACGUGCAGAAGAAGUGACGGCUGGGGGCACAGUGGGCUGGGCGCCCCUGCAGAACAUGAACCUUCCGUUCCUGGCUGCCGCAGGGUCCUCCGAUGCUGGCCUUUGCGCCUCUAGAGGCAGCCACUCAUGGAUUCAAGUCCUGGCUCCGCCUCUUCCAUCAUUACCACUAUUAAGCCAUAGGAGUCCUGGGGGUGCAAAGGGUGCCCCUCUGUCAACACCCUUGGCUCCUGUGUUUAGAGGGGUGGCCUGAAGGACCUUUUCUGCUGGGACAAGACACUGUACUGCCCUCUGCUGGGAACGGGUUUUAAUAAACAGACCCUGGCGCUUGUGAUGUGAA